AUGGCAACCACCACCCAAACCCAAGUCCUCUCCCUCCACCAAAAGCCGUCCCGGGCAUCGUCAACAGCUUCAUCUCUUCCACCCUACGAAGCCGGCAGCUACCAACUCAGAGCACUGUCAGCAACAUCCUCCCACUCCAGCUCUUCUUCACCUCCCAAGUACUACGACGACGCCCCCCAUCACCACCAUGUCGACGUCUAUAGCUUGUCGUCAUCGCCUCAACCACCAUACUUUCACUGCACAAAGGCCUUCCAGGUCGAAGCCCAAGGCCGCCCCCUCAUCGCCCUGCCCACGCCCCCUCGCCCCAUCCCCAUCCGGAUAUACAACGUAGAUGUCGCCUCUGGCACAGUCGCAGACCUCGCCUACGAAUCCAUCCGCCCCCUCCGCUGUUCCGGCAACAGCAUCCUCAUCCGCGCAGGCGACGUGAACAACAACAACAUCAACAACAACAACCUCGUCUGCAGAACUACAUACCGCUGGGGCCCCGGCCGCCCGCCCAAAAUCGAGCUCGUCACAGGCCACGGCGAGGAAGGUGAGGAAGAAGAAGAAGAAGAAAUUCAAGUCGUGAACAAGGGGCUCGCCACGCGGGCGCAAGUCUUUCGCACGCAGCAUCUCGGUACCUUUGAGUGGCGUUAUGCGGGGCGGGGGGAGAGGAAGAAGGCUGCUGCUGCGGGAGGAGGAGGAGGAGGAGGAGCGGAUGAUAGCUUGCUGGUGCUGGAUCGAAUCGUCAUGGUUGCUUCGGAGGGCGGGUUGGGGCAGCAGGAGGAGAGGAGGGUUCCCGUGGCGCGGUUUGUGCGGAACGAGGAGGUGAGGACGAGGGGGACGAAGGCGACGACGGCGGGGAACGGGGGAAGGUUGAUGGUUGAUUUGAGGGAGUGGGAGGGGGUCAAGGGGGAGAUGGAGCGGGUGGAGGUUUUGGUGGUGGCGAGUUGUUUGGUCAUGUUGAAGAAGGAGGUUGAUCGGAGGAGGAUGCAGCAGGCCAUUGCUACGGUGUCGCUUAUUGGUUGA